AUGUCUCGCGUCUCUCUCACCGAGUUCCCGCUGCUGCUGUACACCUCACCUCCAGCGACAGCUAACACCUACCCAGGAACCUUAGCGCAGGGCCCGCGGGGCGGGCUGGCGGGCCUGCAGGACGACAGUGGAGACUCCCUCCCGGGUUGGCACCGUGAUCCGAAGCGGAUCGAACCCGACCAGCCGCCCUCCACGAACAGAGGAAACAUCACGGCUCGACAACAGCCCACAUCCUUUCUCUCUCGCCCGUCGACAUACACACACGCACACACAUCCAACAUGUUUGGAGCCUUCCGCAUGACCUCCCCGCUCUCGAGCGGCCUCCUCUGGAAGAUCCCGUGGCGGCUCUCCAAGUUCCAGAAGCGCCGCCACCGCGAGCGCCUCCGCGCCGUCGACGACGUGAUUGCGACGGUGGACGCCGCGCUGGCCAAGAAGGGCGAGACGGUGGCCGCGCUGGAGCGGUGGAAGGCCGAGAUGCCGACCGAGGCGGAGAUGCUGCCGAGGGACAAGUAUACCAUGUUUGAUCGCAAAGAGAAGAAGUACCGCAAGGGCAUUCACAGUAUAACUUCCCAAGUGGACGAGAGUUUCGCAGAGAUUGAACCCGCCGGGUUACUAGACUGA